AUGUCACCACGCUCGGGUCGUCAAUGCUGUACAGUGUCAUGUGCGGGUGUCCCCAAAGUGCGUCCUCGGCUCGUUUCCCCCAGGGUGUAUGGCCGUCGGUCGGUACACCCGCGCAACCUAGUUCCGACACGGCCCUACCAUGACGAUGCCCUCCAAUGGGCAGCGAAACAUCGAGAAGCGGCACAAGCCUGCCUUGAGAUACCACCACUCAAACAACACGAUGACUACCUGGUCCGUCAGUGUGCUACCUGGAGCGACUAUAUGCGUUUGCGAGGAUGGGAUCACGACAAAACGCUCCAACGUUUCGGAUUUCGAAGCGACUCCGAAAGGAGUCGGACCCGAUCCUUUGCACAAGCCCUUGUCAGUCACGUCCUUUCUGCUCCCCUUACCUUACGGUACAAUUUGCCAUGGUUGUCAGUAGAACCGCAACUGGCAAUUGGAGAUAUUACCCGGGAGCGAUACUAUCGGAGGAUUUGUUGUGUCGGCGCCCGAGCCGAAGCUACCUUGCCCUUGGAAUAUUGGAAAGAAUGGCUCAUUCUCGAAAGACAGCAUUUUGCAAGAGAGCAGAAAACCCAUAAGAUUUCCUCACCAUCUCUUGUCAACUCUAAGCUGCAAUUGUAUCCCAAGGCCGUCGCACGUGUUGUCCUACGAGGAAUCUACCUUGACUCUGCAAUGGCUCUGGAAUCUACCUUGACUCUGCAAUGGCUCUCGAAUCAAACCUUCCACGAGUACGUGGCGCAAAUACACGGUUUAUAUCCGGAAAUGUUGCCAUCGCGGUCACUAUCGCCAGUGUCACUAUUGCCUUGGGAUGCCUAUGCAUUGUUCAAUCCAGGACUCGGGCAUCAUCAUUUAAAACAAAGUUGGCAACCUACUUUGCAAUUACUGGCUAGCGAACUCCAGCAACAUUCCAAGCCGAUCCUUUGUACGGCACAUUCGAGUCUCGAUGCUGAACGUGACGAGAAAGAGCUACGACGCGUGAUCGUUGGCGGCGGUCACCAGCCUGACGGCUUUCUGUUGGAAUACCAAAAGAAUGCCUGGGCGAGCCAAAUUUCGUAUCAGGAUCCCUUCGAUCGAAAUCAUGUAGUCCAUCCUAAUGCAUUUGCUGCUAGACUAUACGCUGCCGGGGAUAGAGACUAG